AUGCCCAGCGAACGCCUACGGAAUAAACGUGAGCGCUUGUGUUCUUGGUGUUCGAAGUCCUUCACAAAGGAUGAACACCUGGCGCGCCAUGUGAGAACCCAUACCAGGGAGAAGCCCUUCAUCUGCCCGAUUUGCAGAAAGUCGUUCAGUCGUCAUGACUCGCUACUGCGACAUAUGAGGUGCCAUCCUUCCAGUGCUCUACACGAGGACCUAGAGGCGAGAGCCGCGUUGGGCAACACGAACGAUGCAUCUCAGAAAUGCCACGACCAUCAAAUAUCUUCAUAUGGACUAUCGUCCGGCUUUCGGAAGCCUCCAACACCUCCUCCUCAAUCGCCUGCAGUUGGAGCCGAGUACCCGGGCGGAACAAAUACUCGGUCGGCAUCCUAUUCAUUUGCCAACGAUCAAGGCACAACCCCGUCCACUUUUGAAGAAGCCGCCCCAAUACAGCAAGGGGAACAAAGAGAAAAUGUGUCGGGAUUUCCAACGCCGGGAUCUCAGUCUCAUCUGCCAACUCUCGAUUCGUCUUUCACUGAUCUCAGCCAACAUGGAUCAUGGCUAUUUGAAAACUCGAAUAUCCAACUACCACCAUGGUUUGCACACGAAGAUUUUGAUUUGAACGCUUUAAAUUCCGAGAUUAUGAUGUCAACUACAAAUUGGCUUCCAGGUCAUCUAUCGCAUUCUCAGAAUGAACCGACUGGCCACACUAUCCAGCCCCAUGAUGAAGGCAACAACCCAUCACGUGAAGAGCUGAUUCGCACGCACUGGCACACCUACCUGGGUCCUACAUGGCAAGGCUUAUCCAGAACUGGCCAUAUCACCCCGGAGAUGAUACCCGAGCAAUCACAAGUGGACGAAGCCUAUCGAGCUAGCUUGGCUGUCAAACUUCAACCAGACAUACCAUUUUUGCCUCUUCCAUCGACGGACUUCUUGAAUCUAUGUAUCCAAAUGUAUUUCACAAAAUUCCACCCUGUCUUUCCGAUUGUUCAUGCACCCACUUUUCGCCCAUCUUCUAAAAGCUCUUUACUGCUACUAUCCAUAUGCUCCAUUGGGAGCCUUUUUGUGGGAUCUUCCUAUGCUACAUCCCAAGGGACAAAGAUAUUUGAAACACUAAACAAAGCGAUUUUAUCAUCGUGGGAGGGAUAUUUCUCACGACAAGGACUGGAAACCAUAGCCAUGAUCCAGGCAGCUCUUAUAGGGCAAACAUUUGGGCUUCUAUCCGGGAGACAGAAGGAUUUGCUUAUCGCGCAGACAUUUCACGGCACUCUUGUCGUGUGGACAAAAAGAGCAACUGGGGCUCAGAUGAUGAAGAAAGCAUCGGACUAUAUCAGCCUAAGUGACAUUUCACACGCACCAGAUAAAGCAUGGAAGACAUGGAUUGAAGCAGAAGAAAGAAACAGACUUCUCGCGGGUAUCCAUGUUCACGAUGUGGAGAUAUCGGAACUUUUCAUCGCAGAUCCAUACUUCCGACAUUAUCCAUCCAAACUACCAGCCUUGUCGGCCGAUGACCUCUGGCUAGCAAAGACAUCCAAAGAAUGGUCACAAAAAAUGAUUUCACACCUUUCUGGAUCAAUUUCAUAUGCUAGCAGCUUACGACCAUCAGCAAGUAUUGCUGACGAGCUGAGCUUGUCACAACCAACCAAUCUGACCAACGGUUUCUAUACUUACUUGGAGCUGGAGAGUCUCGCAGCUUCAGCAAUGGAAGCCAGAAGCACAAAUAACUCAACACAGCAGUCUUCCUACGAGGGCGCUUUGAUGAGGUUUUACGAAACCAACAUCGCCCCCAACGGAUGUCAAAAUGGAGCAAAAUACUCUCUGGCGAACUGGCAAUCGGAAAAGAAGGUCUCACCGAAUCCCAACUGCACAGAGAAUACAUACGAGAAUGGGCCUCGUCACCAGAUGGACAAAGAUGCGCACUCCACGCUACACUCAUCCUCCGCGAACUAG